AUGCAGAACAUUCGAAAUCUGCCAAAGCGGCAAUCUUGCGACCGGUGCCAUAAGCAAAAACUACGAUGUCUGCGCCCGGCUGACGGUGAGAGUGGUGCGUGCGAGCGUUGUACUCGUCUGAAGACACAAUGUAUCUACAGCUCUGCACUACCCAAAGGUCGACCCAGGGGACAGAAAGUGAUCGCUCCAGUUGUUCACAGACCUCCUGAGUGCAGUGAAGAGGGCUUUACUGCUGCGAAUCACGGCAACUCGGCUGUUGAUGCGGAGUUGAUCACAAAUGUGUUGCAAUAUCCUAACGUUACAAAUAACGACCUGUGGAAUGAUCAGAUUCCUGUUGACUGGAUGAAUUCCAUUGACCACGCUUUUACGGACCCAGAGCAGUGGCACUUUGAGCUUCCAAGUCUCGACAACGUGAAUGGGGUGUCUAGCUGCGAAACAGUGGAUUCAUCUUUCACGUCACCUGGACUUCAUGGUAACGGGUAUGAGGCUCAAAUCCACCAGAGCGCAAUCCGAGCGGAUUCCCAUCAGAAUACCCCUCCAAAGAAGGUCGAACCUGAAAGUGCAAUCGCUGCCUUAUCUCGACUAAGUCAACGCCUGUAUUCUCUAUACAGUGCAGUACUCGCACUAGCCAAUUGUCCAGAUGCGAUUGAUCAAGCAGAUACUGCAACCCUUCGAAAAGGUCCCUUUGCUGAUGACUCUGCUUUCCAGAGAUUGACUAGCUGGCUCGUGCGUGCUUCCUCAAACAUGGAUAAUUCAUCCGUCAGUGCCGGCGAGCAGGAUGCAAACACACCCGUCGCUGCUGAUGACGGCUGCGCUCUUCUUGAAAACGUAUUCUCGGCAUCCCAGAAACUGAUUGAUACCCUCCACUCUCUUGGCGAGGAAGCUUCACGACAUGGUCCAGUAUCACAAGGCGGAUCACCCUCAGCGAGUAUAGACCAACAAGCGACAGGCACAUUUCUUGGAGAUGAUAGCCAUCAUCCCGGCGGGCCCUUUGUAUCGACAAACACUUGGUCAGACAGUAUCACAAAGCACAUGGUCAUGGCGAACCACAUGCUGCUUCUAAACACUUAUCUCGCCACUGUAAUGGCUCUGCAACAUGCGGUCAACAAACAAAAGUCAGCCAGUGGAAUGCCCAAUGCACAAGACUUUGCUCUUCCACUUGGCGAGAUGCGUACAGCCAUGGUAGUGCAAAUGUGCGGCUACCUAAUACAGCGCCAAAUCAAUGCCGUGGACGCGUAUCUCGCUCCAUCAAGCGCUACGCCACUAUCAGACUUGAGCUCUUCGGAUCAAACGACAAUGAAAGAGCUAGAAAAGGAUGUACAACGAAGGCUGGCACAGUUGAAGGAGUCACUUCCAGUAUAA